AAACAUUUAGUCUUUAAGUUGGUCUUUGUUGUAUUUUCGAGAGGAGCCUUUGUUUUACUCCUUUCUUAUGUUUUCGAGAUGCUGUGCAUGUACAGCCAUCUCUCCUAUAUAAUAGGCACGAAAUUGAGUAAUAAAAGAAUCAUCUUUUCAGUCAAAAACUUGUGUUCUUAUUUGUGAAUUCUCUCUGAGAAAUUCUCUUGUUGGUGUGUAAUAUCCAGCAGCCCUAGGUGUCUAAGGAGGUGUGUCAUAUCCAAUCUAGCCAUCUAAAAGUGUCAAGGAGUCUCUUCCGCAACUCUUUGAAUCAUCAAUCAAUCCACAUGCCUUGAGAAACUUGAGUCUUUUGAUUCGUUUCUGCAAGGAUUAUCCCAUCUUUUCCAGAGCAGCAUCAUAGGAUCUUAUCAAGUGGUACCAUGGCAGGAGAUCAGAAGGGAAAACUCACUAAGAAAGAAAGGCUGUUGCUUGAACAAGAAAAUCAAAUAUUGGAGGAGUGGUUACAAGUGUUGAAGGAUAUGGAGAAGCAACCCAAAAGGACUAGCAGAGCACGUCCAUCCUUUGAAGCAAAGAAUCAAGAAGCAGUUACUACUGUCUCAGAACUCAAAGUUGCAGAACCAGACUCAGCUACAUCAUUUCAAGAAGCUCAAACCGAAACAUCUUUGGUAAAAGGAGAGUUUGAGAAAGGACAAGAGUUUUCUCUAUUCUUACCUCAGUCUGAAUUUAAUUUUAAUAAUUCCUUUGAUGAACUAACUUGUCUUGAACCGGUGCUACCGAGUAAAGUUGUUUCAGUGUCACAGGUUGCAAAAGAAGACUCAGCAGAGAAAGAACCAGAGCAAGCAACACAAGGAGAAGAGUUGGAACAGCUGAACAUCUUGCAGUCCAAAACAGCUCCUGAAUCCUUGUAUUAUGACCUGCAAGAGCACUGUAAGAAGGCUAAUAUGGUUGUCUCUGUUCCUCAAAUGUUUGUUAAAGCGAGCACUGAAGAAAUAAAACGUUUUGGUCUUGACAAAGUAAAAGAUUUUUGUGUUUCAAAAUCUGUUUUUGAUAACAUGUUCAAAUCUUUGAAAGAAUUUAAACCAGAAAACCUCUUUGAUCAAAAAUGUUUUCAAACUAAUAAUAAAAACAUUUCUGGUCAUAUUUUGAGUCUUCAUCAUUUUCUGAAACAUAGCCAAAGUUUUAAUCACAAUGAAAAUGUUUUAGAGCUUCAGUUGAAACAAUCUGAUUUCUGUUUUAGAAAACCUUGUGAUUCAUUUGCUAGAACUGAAGAAAAAAUGUUUGUUUUGAAAUUUCCUAUGCAUGAACUGCUCACUGAUGAUUUUCUUGCAUCGAAUUAUGUCUUGAAAGAACCUAGAAAGUUUCAUAAACCGAAAUUGCAUCAUGCUGAUAUUAGGUUUGAAUUUGUGAAGUCUGAAAAUAUCUUUGAGUUUGAGAUUGAUUGUUUGUGUGCUGAAAAUGAUUUUAAACGUGUAGGGUUGUUCUUUGAGGAUAUUCUAGUGUAUAACACUUUCUUUGAUAAACCUGCUGGACAACUGAAAUUAGAGUUCAUUGAUUCUGAGUGUGUGAACUUGUUCCUUACUGACAUUUGGGUCUGUAAUAUUUUAUUUGAUAAGCAGAAUAGAUGGAGGAAUCAUAUUGUUUUGUGUUUUGGAGAUAUUCUUGUCUACAAUACUUUCUUUGACAUGAUAACCCACUUGACUUGUCCAAAAGAAGUUGAGAAAGGUACAGGUGAAAAGAUGGUCUAUAAGUAUCAGAGUAUCAAAGAUGAGUCCUUGGCUAAGUUGGAGAUGCAACAAGAAAACUUUGAAAGCUGUCUAGCCGCCAGAUUUGACAUAGGAGCAGUCCGAGGAUCAUAUCUCAAUAACCACAAGGAAUUAUUCAACAAACUCGACUGCUAUGGGAACUUAACUCAUGAAGGUCUCACGUCGAAUUGGAAUCACGACCAAAUCUUCUCAGGUGAAAGAGUUAUGGAUUCUACAAGUCGGAUGAUUCUCUGUGUGCUUUGUUUGAAUUUUUCUGAGUUCAAAAUAUCUCAAUCCUAUCUAUGGCGACCAGGUGAGCAUCCUAAGGUAAUUGAUCAUGUUUUCAGGAAUUCUUUUAUUUAUUACACAGAUAUGAUGCACUUGUUUUUGUCAAAAGAGCCUUGUGCAGAUUAUAAGAAAGCUUGGAAGCAAUCAAGGAGAAAGAACAAGCAUGAGGAAGACAAGCGGUUCAAGCCACCUGAUCUGGAUCAGGAGAAAUACCCAGACGUCCUUGCCUUAAUCAUCAUCAAAGAAGCACCUCCAGAUGCAGAAUACAAGCCAGAACCAAACAGAAACAAAUUUGGGAUAAGACUCUUACUCUUUGAUAAAUUUUUAUGUGCUAACUUGUUUUGUUUCAUUGCAUCAGGAGUAAGGAGAGCUAACUGGAUCAGUGUUUCCUCUAUAUCCGAAUCAAACAGCAACAAUGCCUAUCUAAGAGGCUUGCAAGGUAAGUGUAAUCUGAUUUCAAACUUCUAUGUUGCUGAUUUGGUCCCCUUUAUUGCAGGUAAAGCAGAUUUGAUGUCAAAUCUUUUUGAAGAGGGAGGGGAUGAUAUGAUCAUGGAAAGCACCAAGGAAUGGAAGCAUGAACCUGAACCUGAAGAGCUUGUAGCUGAGGAUGCAACAUUGAAGAAUGCUUGGAAACAAGAAGAAUAUAUUGGUCUUGGCCGAAGCUUGAUCAUCCAAGACACCUUAACCAUCAUUCAAGCUACUCCACCUUAGAGCUGAUCAUCAUCUAGGCAAGUAGCUUGUGUGUGCUCUUUUCCUAACCUUUGGUUUUGUCCCACUGGGUUUUCCAAAGGAAGGUUUUUAACGAGGCCACAAGUCUACUUCUCAUAUCUCCUAGAUGAUGGAUCUUGGUCUGUCCACAUGAAGACAUUAUGUUAUAUAUUAAGCUAUGUUUUUAAGUCUUUGUUUUCGAAAACAUUUAGUCUUUAAGUUGGUCUUUGUUGUAUUUUCGAGAGGAGCCUUUGUUUUACUCCUUUCUUAUGUUUUCGAGAUGCUGUGCAUGUACAGCCAUCUCUCCUAUAUAAUAGGCACGAAAUUGAGUAAUAAAAGAAUCAUCUUUUCAGUCAAAAACUUGUGUUCUUAUUUGUGAAUUCUCUCUGAGAAAUUCUCUUGUUGGUGUGUAAUAUCCAGCAGCCCUAGGUGUCUAAGGAGGUGUGUCAUAUCCAAUCUAGCCAUCUAAAAGUGUCAAGGAGUCUCUUCCGCAACUCUUUGAAUCAUCAAUCAAUCCACAUGCCUUGAGAAACUUGAGUCUUUUGAUUUGUUUCUGCAAGGAUUAUCCCAUCUUUUCCAGAGCAGCAUCCUAGGAU